AUGACCGCCGUAUCGACAUAUGCGCCUCUCGUUACGCUGAGCGAGAAGCAGCAAACUAUUUCAUAUCAAGAGAUUUACCCGGAACAGCGCUCGGAACCUACCUUUGCCAAUCCUAAUGUGCAGGAGGAAAUCAGACCACAGCUAGGAAGGGCCACUCAGCGGGCCCUUUUGUUGAAGGCUGCGCGUGAACAGUACACACUGGUGACCGAUCAUGCGAUUCCAUCAAUAUCAAACAAGGACGAGAUCCUGGUCAAGGUACUCCAAUCAGUUUUCCAGGGCUGGACAUGCAGAGCUUUCAAUUUCGGCAUUCCGAGUCUACCAUGGGUUAAUGGGCGCGAUUUAGCCGGUGUUGUCGUUAAGGCAGAUAGGUCCUCACGAGUACAAGAGGGCGACAUAGUUCUUGUCCCGUCCACCGACUAUCGCGAUAUUCGAAAGGCGGCGUUCCAGGAAUAUGCUAUCGCGACGCAUUUCAAUGCUGCACGCAUCCCACCAACCCAAAGUAUCCACGCUUCCGCCUCCUUAGGCGUUGCUUAUGUGGCGUCUGCCCUUGCCUUGGGCGUCUCACUUGGAUUAGACUUCUCCCACGCGUCGGCAUGCCCGGGACCGGAUCUCACAGAAGUGGUUCGCCAGUUAGAUACUGAUACUAUCCCAGCUGAUAUCAGAGAUGAGUGUUAUUCUGGUCUCUCCAAGAUUGAAAAGGUCAAGCCCGGUGACUGGAUCGCCAUCUGGGGAGCCUCUACCACCACUGGAUACAUCACGUUACAACUUGCUAAGCUAGCUGGGCUGAAAGUGAUCUGCGUGGCAGAUAUUGCCCGUCACGGUGCGAGACUGGUUGAUCUAGGGGCCGAUGCUCUAGUGGACCGACACGACACCCAGCGCGCAGUCGACAUCAUCAAAGGAUUGACAAAGGGAAAGCUCCGAUAUGCCAUUGACAUCGUCGGCAAAGACACUGCAACUCUACUUCAACAAACGCUUGACGAUGCUGUCCGCGAAGACGGGUCGCACGCUCAUCUCCUGGGCCUAACAGGUCUCCCCAAGGAUAGAGGCUCCAAUGUCAUCUACCAUACAGUUCCGAUUAAAUUGUUCCAUACGUCGCCGCAGGUGGGGGAGCGGAUGGUCUCCUGGCUGGAGGAUCUAUUACAUUCGGGCGCUCUACAACUACCAGAGAUUAUUCGCACGGACGGAGGCUUGGGUAAUGUUAAUGCGUCGUUAGAACUGCUUCGACAAGGUACAGCGUCGGGGAAGCGGAUUGUCGUUGAUCUUGCGGGAUAG